AUGACUAGUUCGGGCAACAAUGAUGCAAUCUUGCAACCAUCGAUAGCUGUGGGAACAGAAGAACAGGAGGGAGAUUUUCUAUCGACGACGAAGACAUUCGAUUUCGCGAUCGUCAGUGAUGAUGAUGAUGAUCCUGAGCUUGAUCUUCCGUCCCAAGUAACGAAUCCACCAAACUUCACGGCCCCAAGCGAUGUGCAGCCUCAAGUUCUAAGACCGUCCUCUCAACAACCCACCGUAGAAACACUCCAGUCACUCGGCAUUAAAGUACGAGAUUUUGCGUAUGAAAGUACUUUGCCACCCAUCGCGCCUGUUCCGCGAGUUCCGCGCCAGACUCAGCCUAGUGCAAGACCGCUGAAACGUACCAGAGGAGACUGGGAAGAAGAAGAAGGAGGGCCAUCGCAUUCGUCACGCCCUCAAUUCGGACGGGAAGCCACUAAUGCUGGCACGCAAGCAAGCAGCAAGCCCGAGUCUCUUGUGCGAAAAGCCACUGAGCCACUUGAAUUUAACCCUGCGCCCGCUUCAAAGCGCGCUAUGGGACGCGCAGACUUGAGCAAACCUGUAUAUGGAAGCCAACUACCGUUCCGUACGCCCCGUUGUGCCCUUAAAACCCAUCGCACCCCGCCGAGAAGAUUUUCUACAACUCCGCUAACUUCCCCCCUGUUUGGGUCGCCGUCAGAAGAGCCAUCUCAGGGGGGAUCACAAGAGUCGGAGUUAGUGAUGACACCUGCUGGACCGGUGUCCUGGCAUAUCGAAGACACGAGCUCGAUACCCGCUUCACAAAUGGACACAGACUUGAUGGCUUUUGUGCCAGAAGAAAUAUCUUAUUCCCAGCUAGGGCUUUCGCCUCAGUCUUCGCCACUUGCCACGUCGCUUUCUACUUCUACUGCCAUACGGUCUCCUGUUACCCCUAGUCGCGUUUCGCCAGCAUCUCAGGGAGGUGGUAGCUUGGAGUCGUCGCAUGUUAUUGCACAAACACUAAAUUCCAGCCGAGAACUCAAACGUAGCUUGAAAGCUAAGACGAGCAAAAUUUCUACGCAGACGUCCCCUCGUUACCUCCUACGUCGACGAUCCCUAUUAUCCGUUCAUGCUCCCACACGUUCACGGUAUCCCCAUCCACUGACUCCCACGAAGAAAGGAAGCCCGAAGGGUUCUCCGCAACCUCGGUGUAGACGUUUGCAGCGGCCUGUGCUAACGAGGUGA